UGCUUGCUGCUCACUCUCGUCUACGGUGUCAAGUUCGGAAGAAGGUUGAAGCUUGGUGUUCGUCCGAUUGAAUCGAAGCAGAGGAAAAAGUUGCGUUGUGCUCCCAUAGUGGUUAAAAUUUACAAUUUCUUGUGAGUACAGUUUCGAUAAUCGUAGCGAUGUUGUGAGCAAAGUGGAAGUUUGUGGUUUACGGCGUUGACAACUGCGAACAAGCGGAAUAUUGGAAUGUGUGGUUUGAAAGCUGACGUUCCCACCAGGAAUAUUUUGUGCAUCGGUAGCAGUUCAAUAGUGUCCCACUGGAUGUUAUCUCACUGAUUACGAAAACUGCCAUUCAAUUUGUCUCGAUCCAGACAACUCGUUGUUUUUUCGCCUAUUGGGUGAAAAAAUUACAUGGCACAUCGAGAAGGUGAAUCGAUUUGGAUGUGCAGCUGCUGGAACCCGGAGGAUUAUUUUUCGGCCACUUGAGAACAGCGUUACAGUGAAUACCAAGAAAAGACACUUUGGCCUGUGGUAGAAGUGCAGGUGAUUGAUUGAAAAAAAAAAAUCCAGAAAAUAAGCAGAAUCUCAUUUGAUCCAAAUUGCAAAAGCGGCACUAAAAUGAUUCACGAAUGACCGUACGUAAGGAAUAGCAAUAAAGUAAGCCGAUAGAAGUAGCGUGGAGUAAUGAGGAGACAUUGAGCGGUGGAGUUAUCGAUUUUCCUCAUGAUCCAGCAAAGAGGCCGACGGAAAGAGAGAGUGUGAAAUAACAGCUGAGGCGAGGACGAAAAAGGAGCAAAGUAGUAUUCAAUCUGCUUGAUGGUGCCAACAACGUGUGGCUAAAGUUGAGCAACAAAGAUAGGACUAUAGAAGUGUACAAGGUCCUUUUGUCAUCUUAUGCUGAAAAAAAAGAACGAUAUGUGGCAUGUUAGACAGAAGAAGGUUGAAAAUUCACGCACUCACGCACGCGAGUGAAACAUCUGUUCGAAAUAUUGCGAGCGAGAGAAACCAUCACAGCAGAGCAUCAUCAAUAAGAAGAGCGGUCGAGUCACAGCAGGUUAACGACAGCGUUGCCAGAUCAACCGGUUGACUAACAACUCUGUUGUUGAGCAUCGUAACAACUCCGACUCGGUAGGAUAGCCCGGCGGGAGUGUAUACAGCGACAGUAGCACUCUCGAUAUCCCUAGCGUAAGAACAUUUUCUUUUGGCACCCGGUUAGAGAGCGGCUUAGAAAAUAAAUUUUAAUCUGACACUCGGUUGGUUCGGCGGUGCUUCUGAAAUGUCCGACGCCGGCAGUGGACACGAAGGAGCCCAGAAGGACUACUCGCAAAAGAUGGACGGCGGUGGUGGUGGUGAUUUUGACUCUGGGCAGCAAAGCCAGCAGACCGAACAAGAGCUGGCCACUAAGAUGUUGCAGAUCCAGUCAAAACGAUUCUAUCUGGAUGUGAAACAAAACCGUCGCGGUCGUUUCAUCAAAGUCGCAGAAAUUGGUGCGGAUGGCAGGCGUAGUCAAAUUUUUCUAGCCUUGUCCACUGCAGCCGAAUUCCGAGAUCAUCUAUCGACGUUCAGUGACUAUUACGCGUCACUCGGACCACCGAAUCCUGACAAUGUGCCCGAAGACGGUAAACUCAAGUCAGAGAUGAUGAUCAAGGACAACCGACGGUACUAUCUUGAUCUGAAGGAGAACGUGCGGGGCCGGUUUCUGCGCGUUUCGCAGACCAUAACCCGUGGAGGUCCUCGAUCGCAGAUCGCCAUCCCAGCGCAAGGGAUGAUCGAGUUUCGCGAUGCGCUCACUGAUCUGCUCGAGGAGUUCGGCACCAACGAUGGUGGCUUCAAGGGCGAACUGCCAGAGGGGCGUCAUAUGCGUGUCGAUAAUAAAAACUUCUAUUUCGAUAUCGGACAAAACAGUCGGGGCAUCUACAUGCGGGUGUCGGAGGUGAAAAGCAACUUCCGAACCGCCAUCACUGUUCCGGAAAAGUGCUGGUCACGGUUCCGUGACAUUCUCAGCGAUUACUGUGAAAAGAUGAAGAAAACGUCCGAGUCAACCACAUCGUCGAUCACUGCCGAUAACACAUUGCAGAAGCAAACAUCAAAUAACAUGUAAAUUAGUGACGAGAGAGACAGAAAUUAUAUCCUUAUUGGCUACGUUUCCGCUUGUUCUGAUUAUCUGUUUCCAGUUUAUUUUUUUCUAUACUACUAUGUUUCUUACGACAAUUUUCCAGUUUAGUUGGUUAUGUUUAUUCGUUGUUUUCUCACUUGUUUCCUUCAGAAAGAUUGGAUAAUAUGCUAAAUUAUAAAGAAAAGAAUGAAGAGUAUAAAUAUAUUAUACAUAUAGAGUUGUAGAAAAAAAAAACAGAGAAGAUCAGAUUCAAUCUGAAUAUAAAACACAGUUAUAAGAUUUAAAUAAGAAAGGAAAUCUAACAAAUUAAAUUUAAUACGGUCAAACAGAAAAAAUACGACUACACGGCGCAGAUAAAUUUAAAGCAGCUCUUAAAACGAAACAAUCGGUUCAGUGCCCAAUCAACCCUUCCGUGGAAUAAAACCGUGUGUAGAAAGAUGUUCCUUUAUCGAUGUACGAAUUGUAAAACAUAUUACUACUGAUUUUCUAUUCCGAUAACAUAACGAUUGUUAACAAUACGAAAUAUAUAUUGAUUUAGUUAUCAAAAUCCCCAUUUUCUUUGUGUUUAUACAUAUUGCAUUUGAUUGACUAUUGUUGCAUCGUAUCGCUCGGAGGAAAACAGUUUACAUAGCCACAAAAUUUAACAUCGGUCUUUCGUUUGGUUUUAAGUUUAGUUAAAACUUAAUCGUUUUUCACGAACCCUCUUUCAACUUGUGUACGCCACGUUUUAGGUUAUAAACUGAUGAGGGCUGUUUUCUACACAUGCAAUUAAACAUAUUGCGCUAUAAAUGAGCCACGUAAGGAUUGAUUUCGCGAAAAAUAAUAUAGCGGAGAAUAGGCGGGAAUAAGUUGAAAUGAACGCAGCAAAAUUCUCAGCUGGAAAUGGCUGAUAAUGUUGAAAUCAGAACAAAGCAAAAACAAUUCCCAAAACAAAGCAAGAAGUGAUUUAAAUUCAGCGAAUCAGAAACUCACAGCAUGUAACAGAAGAAAGAUUACAAAUAAACAAAUCCAAUACAGCUAACAAGAGCAAGCAUGCGCACGUCAGAUUAAUUUUUUUAUUUGUUUUGCUACAGAACACUUCCGCCAGAUAAAUAUAAGCGGAUAAUAAUGCAAAAAAAUAAUCCUGUAAAACGAUUCCCUCUUUGAAAAAAGUUAUUUCGAUUUAGCAAAACAGUAAACAGACAGAAACACAACCACACACACACAUAAGGAGCAGAUAGGUAACAAAAUACGCGGAAUAAUGUAUUUAGAGGAAGACGGUGAAAUCAAUAUAUAUUACUGUUAAAUGUUACAUUAAAGCAGGCUUCAGAGAGGGAAAGGGAAAUAAAACGACCAUGUGAAGAAAUAGUAUUUAAUUUCAGAUUAAAUUCACAUGCUUCAAAAUAUUGAUUAGCAGCAAGCAGCGAAACUGAACCCUGUUUUACCCUAUUUAUAGUUUCUUAGUAUGACUAUAACAAAUAAUUGCGUUUCGAGGAUCAUGCUUGGCAUUGAUUAAGAGAGCAGGAGAAAAAAACUAAUAGUCUGGUCGACCGACCGGGGGACAAACCUCCUAGAGGUGCCCUAAUCAAAUGGCGUGCUCGGAUCGGGACCAACAGCUGUGAUCUAUUAUGAAAUGAAACACAAGAGAAAUUCAUAAGCGAAAAAAAACUAAUGUAUUAAGAAAGUGUGCGAUCCGAGUAUACAAUGCUCGAGUGCAUGUAGCGAGCAAUUGAAUCUUCUAUAGACUACAAUCAUACCCCAGAGAAAGCUUCAGUUAUUUGUUUAGUUUUGUUUGUUAUUCGGAAACGGCUCGAUCGAAGGUCACAUAUCCGCUGGAGUUUGUCGCAGAUGUGACGCCGGUUGGGUUUGUUUCGUUGUUUAUUGUUGAGUUGUUCGGUUUCGACCAUGUUAUGCAAGCUCUAAACCCGAGCUAGUUGUUCUGGAAUUCAUGUUAUGUUAGCUUAACCUUUUCUGCGUGUCCCAUCGGAAUAUUGCAAUGAGAAGCUCUGUCAGAAGAAAAACUGUUCUAAAAUAAGAAUUGAGUAAACAUUUGGUUUCUAACUGCACAAUCAGAUUUCCGCUAAUUUCAGGAGCGAAUACUUAAAACAUCGAACUGUGUAUUUCGUUGUAAAGUCAAUUGGCUACACAACACACUGUUAUUUGGUCAGAUUUUUUUUCAUCGAAACUAAUUGGACGAUCAAUGCUGUCUGUUCAAGCAAAUUGUAAUGUCGCACGUACGCUCUGUUAAAACUGAUGGUGAAGUUCCUUAAAAGUAGCAUCCAUAUGCAAUCAAUGAUUGAUUGAAUAUCAUUAUUUUUCCAUGCAUAAGAGAAUUUAAAAAAAAAUGUUUUAUGUGGUGAAAGCAUUUCUAUAGUUACUCUGAAAAUCCCACGACUGUAAAAAUUAAAUAAUUUUGCUACAUCGUUCCAAAAACUCUGACAGAAUUGUUUAUUGAAAAGACAGCACAAAAAAACUACCUUACGUUGCAAACUGGUGUCGCACUUGAUGAUAUUGGUGUAAGUUGUAAACUGUACACGAUUUACGAAAAUCAUUAAAAAGUUUGAAAAAUAUAAUAAUUUUAUUUAUUCGCUUAAUAAACCUUCAACACUAUGAUUUAAUAUAAUUUUAUUAAAAUCUCGUAGCCUUCUAACAAGAAGAUAUCAAUCUUAUAACAGCGUAGUUUCCCUAUGCUAUUGUGACCACACUGUUAUCCCCCUACCAAUAGUAGUCUUACAUAGUAGAGAAUAUCUUUUUGAAUGUGAUAAUGUGACAAGUACUAGAAAUACAUCGUAACGAAUCCGCACCUAGUUUCGGUUGCGAUGUUUGAAGCGUAUUGCAAUAGAACAUACAAUAGUGAAACACAUGUGAAGAGCAAAGCAAAGAGUCCUUAGUAAGACUAUAUUCCGCCUAGCGGAUCCAUCGCCGAACGCUAAUUGAGACCGCUUAAAAUGUUGGAUUUAAUCCACACGGUAAAAGAGAGAGCCUUGAUAAGGAGAUAGAAAAACAAAUGUAGAGAAACAGAGGCAUGAUUGUCGUGUAUGACUUGUUUUGCUUAAAUAGACACACCUCUCCUUCAGAACAAUCAGUCCAAAUAAAUCAGAUUAUUUUCGUUCAGUUUCACUUAUAGGAGGACGAAUUUAAAAAAGUUUGAACAAAAGAGCAAUGGACAGUUGACAGAGGUAUUAAGGCCCACUGAAUGAUCCUUCCGCGUUUGAUUGUCGAAUGCAUCAAGUUCAAACAGACGAAGCAAAUAAGAUAUGGUCUUAACAUAAUUGGAACACACUACGAGAAAAUUUGUUUUUGUUUUGGGAUACACGGUGUGAAGUAUUUUAUGAAUCUGGAACCUGAAGAAAACAAUAACAGAGAAAAAAACGCUGCAAGAAAAUUGAUGGUUCUUUUUUAAAAUAAACGACAAACAACAAAAAAUCGCAAAACCAGAUUAUUAUCUAUUAUUAUUAAAAAAUGAAUUAUUAUCACUGCUACCAUUACAACAGCAACAACAAAACUAUAUUAUGAAUAAUGUGAAGAAUUUUAACUUAUGUUGUCUUUUUCUCAAGUCUAUUAUAGCGAUAAAGAAAAUAAUAAAUAUAGUAAUGAAAAAAAUAUAAAAAACGACAGAUAGGAGGACAAAUAAUAAAAAAACUGAAAAAAUACAAAAAAUAUGAAAGAGAAACAUAUAGUAGGUAUAUAAUAAUGAUAGAAAUGUUCCCGAAUCGAAAUGAUAUUCAGUUACGUCGCAAAACAGAAAACUAUGAAACGUUUGUGUUAUAAAUAAAGAAAAUGCUGCGUAUCUAUCGCCUGGCGAUGUGUUAUUUUUCUCUCCUAAACAUUAAACCAAUGGCGUUCAAAACGCUCGAUUUUAAACGACAGGACUCUAGUAAUUGAUUUUUAGAUGUUUUUGUUGAGUAACUUAACUUUGUAAAAUGAAGUGAUUGAAUGUUUUUAAUUUUGUUUUCUAUCAUUCCUUCUAGGUCACCCUGUGUUGUGACCGAAAGAGUUUAUACGAUAGCAGCUGAUUAAAGAAGCAACAAAUAUAUUUUCGCAUCCGCAAGUCGCAACCAUAGAAUAUAUAGUUAUAAAUAAUAGGCAGACAGUUUUAACACACUCAGAAUGGGGAGAGUGUCUCGAUAAGUCUUGUGUUUCUCUUUCACGUUUUCUACGGGGUGAUCGGUUUCCACUCUGUUUCAGUUUUCGCAGUAGCGCUAUACGUAAUAAGGAAAAAAACAUAGCAAAGCAACAAGUAAAAAAAAACGGAAGUUAUUCACCAUUCAAAAGAGUAAAAAACGACAAAUAUAUAGUAAGAAGUUUAUCGACGACAAAACAAAAGAAUAAACCAUAAACUAGUUUUCCUUAUAACCACCUCCAUCGCCGCCAUCAAUCGCAACCACCACGCAAACACGAUAGCUAAUCAGAAGACAGAGAACUUGAUCUAUGACUAGCGAUCCAUAAAAUUUUCCUAUUUUAAUUACUUUUAAUUUGUUAAGGUAACUUAUUACUGGUUUGCUACUAGUUGAAAAACUCUCUUAAGUGCGCCACAUUUUCUUUCCUGGAUAGCUAUUUAGCCGUAGAAGGCAUUCACUUCAUAGACCGUUAAUCGCGGGCAAGUUUCACAACCUUCGAUGAAUUUUUUCAUAAAUGGACCUACUAGUUUGUGGAACUGCAUCGGGAAGCCACACUCUUCUGUUGAUAUUUUUAGUUUUAUUGUUAAACUCCCAUAGUACGUAUUUUAUUUACGCCCUAAUGUUUGUAGGUAUUCAAAUUGGAGAAAAAUGAAAGCUAUGACACUACCUUUAUCGACGAUACAAAAAAAAAAAGAAAAUAUAAUAAAGCAUAUUUUUAGGUGAGAUGAAGUUUUUCAGUUUGAUUUUUUAUAUAGGAAUCUAAAUUAUUUAAUCCGUUUAUAAGCGCUUUUCCUGAGAAUAAUAAUAAAAACAAAAAAAAACUAGAUGAGAAAUCAUUAAGAUUAAAAUGAGUAAAUUACAAACAAAAGAGGAAAGAAUGUAAACCAUAAAAACGUUGCUGCUAACACACACAACACACAAAAAAAGGAUAACGCUGUAGAGUUCGCGAAUCAAAUGAUCAAUCUAGAUAAAACGGUUUUAUUCUUUGAUUAAGAUACUGGCUUGACGAGCAUUAUAGCCGAAGCAAUGAGUAAGAACAACUAGAACACGUGCGCUGUAGUAGUGAUGGGUCGGUUUUAGAAUACGGGAAUUAGAGGGGGAACUGUAAAUUGUGGCUAGCAACGCGGGGAAAUAAUUACUAAAAAGAUAGUAUGGAUGUGUGUAGGCAGAAACUAUUGGCGAUCUAGAUUACCCUGGUGGAGAAACCAACAAAAAGCUUUGAUACGUCCAAUUAACUUUUGUCACAUGUCUUCACAGAAAAAUUUUCUCCAAAAGUCGAAAAUAUAAGCAACACGUUUUACCGAAUAGACAAUGAAUUACACAUUACCACAUUUUUUUUCCAAAAUACUGUUUAAAUGGUGCAUAAGUUACACUGCCCACAUUCGCCAGUCAGCUGCAUAGAUCUAAGCCAAGCCCGGAGAUGGUGGUACUCACGAUUGUCUGCCAAGGCAAAAGUAACAAAAAAAAAGAAGGGAUUUAAAGUAUAGAAAUAUGCUGAAGCGAAGCAGUGAGUCAGUCGAAAAUUGUGGUAAUGGGCAGGAAGGUACAAACCCGGAAGCUGCGAAAACAUAAGAGAGAUAGAGAGAAGAAAAGCAAAAAAAACAUGCACUAGUGUUGUAAUGGAUUAAGGAAUAAACAAGUCGACAGCUUAAAUAAAAGGUGUUUUGAUUAUUUGAUUCAGGUGUUAAAAUGUUAGUAGAAAAUAUACUAAUAAAUGUGAUUACAAACAACAAAACCAAGA